GGUCUCUCAACUCCUGUGAUUUGUUUGCUGAAAAGUUCAAGUCGCGUGGUCUCAAUCCCGGUGUUAUCUGUCCGAUUUCGGGCAGCUCAGAGACGCUGACACUGAGUCUGCGUCGACCCAUCCAGUCAGUGGUCUCCUCCACCUCCAUUUACGGCGUCAUUCGGGUGGACACAGAGGACUCCUUCACUUCUCUAACCCUUCAAGACUGCGGCCAGGUCCUGCCCGGUGCUACCAUGGUGGUUGUCAGUCUCGGCCCUAAGCCCUUCAUCUGUCGGACGGACGAAGUGGGUGAACUCUGCAUCGCGGCCGAUUAUACAGGCGCAGGCUACUGGGGUUUGCGUGGCCAGACGGGUACUCACUUUCACGUUCAACCCAUCCAUGCAGAUGGUCGCCCCGUGGGUCCGCCGAAUGCACAGUUUGUUCGCUCAGGUCUGAUAGGCUUCCCCGGACCGGCUUCUUCGGGCGGACUUAUCUUCAUCUGCGGCUCGAUUGAAGGCCUUCUUACUGUCGCCAAUAGACGACACAAUGCCAACGAUAUUAUUGCUACCGUGAUCGCCGUUCAGCCCACGAAGAUUGUCUAUCGGGGCCGGAUCGCUGUCUUUUCUAUCGAAAUGCUAAAGGACGAGCGAAUAGUUGUUGUAGCUGAACUGCGAAACGGCUUCCCCGAAGAGACUGCUUUCUCAUGGAUGUCCCAGGUCCUACAGGCUGUCGACAGCAUCCAUCAAGUCAGCCUUUAUGCUCUGGCUCUGGUGCCCCAGAAUUCUCUAUCAAGAACUCCCUUCGGUGGCAUCAACAUCCACGAGGUUCGUCGACUGUUCUCCGAGGGCUACCUGAACCCCCUCAUGCUACUCCUCUGUCCACACUCGGCCAUUCAGAAUCUACCCCAGCCGCGGUCACUUCCGCCUACGAACCUCGUUGGUCCCUCCGCCAUAAUGGUUGGCCAAGUCGUUCAAGGAGCUCGUCUGGCUGAAGCGCAUGGACGCUCUAUUGCUGCGAACACCUCAGGAAGCAUGACAGCCCUCGGUCCCGGUGCGCCGGAUCUCACCUUGCAAACUGUGACGGACGUUCUACUCUGGCGCGCUGCACACACGCCUGAUGACCGUCUUUUUAGCGUCUACAAUGCCAAAGGAGUUGUUGUGUCCAGCCUCACAUGUGUUCAGUUGCAUCGCCGAGCCGAACGCCUGGGCAGUCUCCUCCUUGAGAAGGGAAAUGUUACGCCGGGAUCCGUAGUCGCCCUCAUCUACCCACCAGGUAUUGAAAUGGUGUGCGCCUUCUACGCUUGUCUCUACAUCUCCGCCGUUCCUGUCCUCGUGCGACCACCCCAACCCGGCUCCAGUUCUGCUGCUCCACCGCCAACACCGACGAACCUUCUGUCUAGCAACUUUUUUGGCGGUUCAAACACUGAGUUGUCAGCCAGUUCAAGUUCCCUCGUUCCCCCUCCCCUACCGGCCCAAAUAGGCCUCGAAAACUCCCUUAAGGCAGCCUGGCAUGUCGUCUCAUCCGCUGGUGCCGUCGUCUGUGUCACACAGGCCUCGGUUAUCAAGGUUAUUAGAUCAAAGGAAGCCACGAAUUACAUCAGUUUUUCAAAAUGGCCUCCGCUACUCGACACCGAAGAAAAUUGGCGGAAGAAACUGGUUACAAUCCAUCAGCCAACUUCUCCGGAGACUGAAGUGGCCUACCUCGAUUUUAUUGCCUCCACAACAGGAACCCUUACUGGCGUGGAGAUUACUCACGCGGCUGCGAGUGCUCUGUGCAGAGCUCAGAAGAUGCAAUGUGAGUUCUAUCCUGCCCGUGAGUUGGUGCUCAGUUUGGAACCCUACAGUGGGUUGGCUGCCAGCCUUUGGCUCCUUACCUCCAUCUUCUGCGGACAUCAUUCCAUCCUCGUCCCACCGCAAGUCACCGAAGUCGCGCCUGAUCUUUGGUUGAAUACGAAGGAGGUUACACUAGACAGCCUCCGGAGCCUCGUGAUUGUCGCUGAAGAACGUCCGCGCGUUAGUCUGACUUCCCUCUUCACCAAAUUCUUUGCCGGCCUCAAUUUGAGUCCACGAGCAGUCAGCACUUCCUUCGGUUGUAGAGCGAAUUUGGCUAUGUGCCUUCAGGGUGCCAGCUCUCCGGACAUUACAACCGUUUACGUGGAUCGUGUGAGUCUCCGCAAUGAUCGGGUUAACUUGCUGGAGAAGGGUUCGCCAAACAGUCUCUGUUUGAUGGAGUCAGGCAAAACUUUUGGCCAAUGUGCCGACUCACACCUGGGUGAAAUCUGGGUCUCUUCACCGCACAAUUCCACCCGUCUCCUCGGUCCCUUCAAUGUUUCUUCUUCUGGGGACUCCCUGGAUCGGCCCACUGACCCUGUCCUGGCAGUUAACGAGAAUGCUCCUAACGAUCCAUUGAGGGCGCGAUUCGUCACUGGUGACACCGAUCGUGUUUAUGCUCGAACCAGCUUCUUGGGAUUUGUGCGACGCACGGCACUUACACAAUCAGACGGAGGUAUCGCUUACCAUUAA